AUGAAAUUUAAAAUAUUUUCAAUUCUUGGUGUUGCAUUAUGUGGUUUCUUGUCCGCCAUUGCAACCCCAAUUGAAUCAGAAAAGCGUAAUGAAUUAGAAUCCAGAUAUAAUCCAAAACCAUAUAUUUUUGAUCCUUUGCCUGAAUUAAAAGAGAGUUCACCCAUCACUCGUUAUUACCAUUUUGAAUUGAAAAUUAUAAAACUUUCUCCUGAUGGUGUCGAACGUAAAGUGUGGAGUGUCAAUGGUCAAUAUCCAGGUCCUCUCAUUCAUGCCAAUAAAGGUGACCGUUUAGUGGUAAAUGUAACCAAUAAUCUUGGAGACCCCGCUACUAUCCAUUGGCAUGGUAUCUUCCAACGUAAAACAAAUUGGUAUGAUGGUGUACCUGGUCAAACCCAAUGUCCUAUACCAAGCAGAGUUUGCUUCACAUAUAAUUUCACUUUGGAACAAGGGGGUACUUAUUGGUACCAUUCCCAUUUCUUGGCUCAAUAUGUUGAUGGAUUACUUGGUCCACUCAUCGUUCAUGAUAAAGAAGACCCUUAUUGUCAUUCUUAUGAUGAAGAGUAUGUAGUCACGUUAAGUGACUGGUAUCAUUUUCCUUCAGCUCCACUUCUUGUUCAAAGAGUAGCUCCUCACUACACAGGUUUUAACCCUUACCCUGAUUCUGCUAUUAUCAGUGGUAUAGGUCAAUAUAACUGUUCGGGAGCACCAGCAGGUUGUUAUUGUGAUAGGAAUGUCCCACCUGCCACCUACAAUGUUAAAAAAGGAAAGAAAUACAGAUUCCGUAUUAUCAAUACUAGUGCCUACGCAGCCUUUACCUUUUCUAUUGAUUGUCAUCAACUCAGGGUUGUUGAAGUUGAUGGAAAUAUUGUAAAAAAUGUCAGUGAUGCCGUAGUCACUGUCUUGCCAAUUCAUGUGGCCCAACGUUAUUCUGUUAUCGUUACCGCAAAUCAAAAGGUUGACAAUUAUUACAUCCGUGCUAGUAUUAUGGAAAAUUGUUUACUUCCUAGAACACCUGAAACUAUUAACUAUAAUUCUUCUAUCAAUCCUAAUGCUACCGGUAUUCUUCACUAUCAUGGUGCUAACAAUGAAAAACCCACAUCAACUGCAUAUCCAAUAACCUUUGAUCCUUGUCAAGAUCUUAAUGCUGAUGCUAUACGACCAUACAAAGAUUGUCCUCCACCCAAAGACGUCACUGAUCAUUUUCUAUUUAAUACCACAUUCGCGCGUAAUGAUGAUGAUGUUGGUCUCUUAGGAAUAAAUGAUGUAUCAUUUGUGCCCAUUUUCAAUAAUCCAACAAAUCAAAGGAUAAUGCUAAAAGAAGAUUAUAGAGAUUUUGAUAAAAAUCAAAACAUAUAUGCUUAUGACACUCCCGACGGAUGUGUUGAAAUUAUUCUUUUAAAUGGUCAGCCUGCAAAUCAUCCAUUCCAUUUACAUGGUCACGCCUUUUGGAUUAUGGCUCAAGGACCGGGGGCAACCCUUGAUAAUAUUACAGCAUACAAUUUCAAAAAUCCAGUCAUUAGGGAUACUACUAUGGUAUUUGCGAAUAGUCAUCUAGUAAUAAGAUAUAUUGCAGAUAAUCCAGGUGUAUGGGCUUUCCAUUGCCAUAUUGAAUGGCAUGUAGAAAUGGGUUUGGUAGCUCAAUUAAUUGAACGUCCAACGGAAUUCAGUAAUCAAACCCUUCCAGAUGAUGUUAGAGCAUUGUGUAUGCAAUUCAAUAAUUACAAAAAAGAAAGACGUUCAACUACUUUACCUGGAGACUCAAUGGCUAAGGGAAUGCGUAUGCGUAUGUUUAAAAAAGUAAAAUAA